CCCUUCGUUUGGGGGGGUAGAAUUAAUGCAAGUUUUAUUUAAAAAAUAGUUUUGUUUAAUAAUUUCCUUCCUAUAUAUGGCCGGCUGUGGAGUGUGGGCUGCAGGUCGUCCUUUCUUUCUCGCUCUUGUCUCCAAAACUUCGCUCUCUGCCUUAAGCUAUUUCUCAUUCUCUCUCUCUUGCUAAGUGGGUCGGAGCUUAUUUUUAUCAGCUAGAUCGUCGAAAUGGCUGCAAAACCAGCCAGAAUCCAUGAGUUUGAUGAUGUGGUUAACCACAAAAGCCGGGACGAUUGCUGGCUCCUUAUUCACGGCAAGGUCAGUUCUUUCCUUUCUUUCUGCCUGUUCCGUACACCCCAAUUUCACUGUUUGCCGUUCUUCCAUGUUCUGCAUUCGUCAAUAUAUUGUUGGGAUCUGUCUCGGAUUCUACUGUGGUCUUGCUCUGCUCUGGAUUCGUUUGAAAGUUGUUUUUUUUAACUGUUAUGUGUUACUUAAAGGGAUUCGAAAUUGCGAUAUUCAGAUUCAAGAUCAAUGUUAAUACCACUAGACCAAAUCCUUGCAACGACUGAUGCUACUGUCGUAUUGUUCUAGUUGUUUGACUUAGUGUGUGUUAAUAUCUAGCUAAUGUUACUUGAUAAAGUAGGUAGCUUGAUUUGUAUGUGUCAUCUGUUGUUAGUGAAAUUUAGGGGAAUCGAGUAUCCAACCUUUUAACUGUAACUGCAGGUAUACAAUGUGACAGAAUUUCUUGAAGAACAUCCUGGAGGGGACGAGGUGCUUCUUGCAGCUACUGAGAAAGAUGCGACCGACGAUUUCGAAGACGUGGGGCACGGGAAGGAAGCUCGGGAGCUGAUGAUGAAGUACUACAUUGGCGACAUCGAUCCGGCCAGCGUUCCGUCGGGGAGGAAGUACAACCCGCCGGUGCACACUGCCAAGGAUCCACAGUACAACGCCUACUUGAUCAAGCUGCUCCAGGUGGUGCUGCCACUCUUGAUUUUCGGCAUCGCUUUCGCUGCCCGUACCGCUCUGAAGAAGGAGUAGUAGUAGGGAUAGUGUGGUUUUUCAGAGGUCCUCUGCUUAUCUUCUAUGGUUGUGUCUGUGGUUGAGUUUCAUGGACAGUGUCCUUUGGGUCGUUUUGAUUUGGUGAUUGGUCUCUUAAUAAUUGCAGUUAGCUUUUCUGUGGUUGGUGUUGUUGUUAGUUGUAACAAUUUGCCCGGGGUACUAUUUUGGCCUUGUUGUUGAACUUCUCUUUGGCAAGUUUGGCUGGUUGGAUCAUGGAUAGUAAAUUGGCCAGUCGUAGCAAACUACUAAUCAUCUUGCAGACAGAGGUUUAACAGAUCGCAUGCAAAAGGAAUAACGACAUAUGCAAUAAUUUUCAAGAAUGUGGGAAUUUCGAUGGACACACGGCUAGUCUGGCCAUCCAUCCAUCGUACCAACGGACCACAUCAAGCCAAUUCGGCAAACAAUAUAGUAGGG